AUAAGAGCCAAGAAGGUCGGCCAUGGCGGCGGUCGGACUCAAAGGAAGUUUAGCACUGUCGGUGUUUUGCUACCUGAUAUGGACAGUAAUUGCAGCUCCAGUGGAAGAAGGAACCUCACAUGCCUUGCAGCUUAGCGACUCGAUAGCGGAUGGACGAGGAUGUUAUUAUAAUUUUGAACAUUACGGAGAAGGAGAUCGGAUUUUAACAAACGAACCAUGCCUAAACUGUACUUGCCAUAAUCGGAUGCUCAUGUGUUACCUCAGGGUAUGUCCUUUCACGAAGGCUAUCGGUCAGGAUUGUACUGUCGAAAAGAAACCGGACCAGUGCUGUCCAGUCAUCACCUGUCCUCAAGUUCCAGUGGCAUUGCUGACAAGCUCCACCACAUCUGAGGCACCGUUGACAACAACAGCUCUCGGAAGACUUGAUAGUUACGGUUGUUUAUUGGAAGAUAACACAUUCUAUGCAGAUGGAGCUCAGGUUCCUUCAGAUCCACGAAAACCAUGCGAGUUGUGCUACUGUAUCAGGAACCAUACCGCUUGUGUGAUGCAAGAAUGUACUCUUAACGUUGAAGGCUGUAAACCAGUCUACCAAGAAGGUGUCUGCUGCCCUGUCCGCUAUGACUGUGAUUAUGAUGAUGUGGCAACCACACCCAAACCUACAAUAGGUCUCGUAACAACACCAGGAGGACCCAGUGACUGCCUUCACAACGGUCGCAUUUACCAUGAUGGUGCAAUGGUCAUGAAAGAUGAGAAGGCUCCGUGUGAACACUGUUAUUGCAUGAGAGGAGACAUUGUCUGUGCUGUUCAAGAAUGCGGUACUCCACUUGAGGGAACUAACUGUACACCAAUGGAACCCAAGCCCGGCCAGUGCUGUCCUAAUUAUGAAUGCACAAAUGGAACAUUCUCAACUGAAAAUUACUUCAAUGGAUUAUCAUCAUCAACUGAAACAUUGUCAGAAUCCCCGGUAACAGAAUCAAGCAAAAAUGAGAAACCUGAUUCCGAUGAAUCAAGUAAUGAAUCCACUUCUAAUGAGUCAAGUGAAGAGAAUAAAGAAGGAUCUGGGUCAGAAGUAUUGAAACCUGAACCUGAAGAACCUUCAAGUAAUAAUAAUAUUCAAGAAUCAUCUUCUACAGCUCCAGAACAGACAGAAGUUUCUGAUGACUCAUCAGCAUCUUCAUCAGAUGAACAUUACACAAAGCAACCUGAUACAAAUGAAUCAGUUACAUCUGAAACCCCAGUUCAAGAAACUGUUAAUGGACAAGCAGGAGAUUCAAUCCCUGAAGCGACCCAAGAUCGAGAUGUAACUCAUUCACAUGAAGAAUCUCCUGUUUUAGGAGACGACCAAGUUCAAGACCAAGAAAGUAUCAACAAACAAGAUACUUCCAUUGAACAAGAAGAUGAAACUACUCCAAAACAAGAAGUUACCCCAGAACAAGAUGCCACCAGUGGACAAGAGGCUACUCAUGAACAAGAGGAAGUUACCCAUGCCCCGGAAUUGACCAAUGCACAAGAAGAUACUAAUGAACAAGAGUCUACCCAUGCACCAGAAGAAACCACCCAUGCACAAGAGUCUAUCCCUGCACUAGAUGAAACCACUCAUGCCCAAGAAGAAAGCCAUAAUCAAGAAGUAACACAAGAAACCCCUGUAUUGGAUGAUGUAAAAGAUCAAGAUACAUCUGAAGAUAAAGAUGCAACUCACGAACAAAACUCAAAUGAACAUGAAGUAACUCCCAUACAAGAAGAGGUCACCCAUCUUCCUGAGGUUACUCACGAACAGGAUUCUUCUAUUGCACAAGAGGCUAGUCAUGAACAAGAUGUGACUCAUGUUCAAGAAGAAGUAACUCAACUCCCAGAGGUUUCCCAUGAACCACAGAACCCUAAUGUACAAGAGAAUACUCAAGAACAAGAUGCAACUGAUGUAAAAGAAGAGGUCACCCAUCUUCCAGAGGUUAGUCAUGAACAGGAUUCUACUAUUGCACAAGAGGCCACUCAUGAACAAGAUGUGACUCAUAUUCAAGAAGAAGUCACUCAAGUCCCACAGGUUUCCCAUGAACAGGAGUCCCCUGCCGUACAAGAAGCUGCUCAUGAACCAGCUGUAACUCAUGUAGAAGAAGAGGUUACUCAAGUUCCAGAGGCUACACAUGCUCCUCAGGUUUCCCAUGAACAGGAAACCACUAAUGUGCCAGAGGCUUCACAGGACGAUGAGGUUAUUCAUAACCAAGAUGCCACUCAACAACAAGAAACUGCUAAUGUACAAGAGACAACAAAUGUGCCAGAAGUAAUCGUUGAACACUCAACACUGAAACAAGAAAUACAGACACAAGCUCCAGUAGAAGUAGUGAAGGAUUCUCAGGUUACCAAUGAAAUACCAGAAUCAACUCCUCCAGAACAACCAGAACCUUCAACUGAAGAGCCUGUCAUAGAAGUAGCAAGAGUACCUGGAGAAGGAAGUUGUCUUGUAGACGGAAAAACAUAUGCACACAACUCAAUUAUUUCCUCUGAUAAUCCAUGCCAUGAUGAAUGUAGGUGUUAUAGCUCAAUUGUCACAUGUAAGACAAAAGAAUGUGCUCCUGCUCCAACCCAGUAUGAACACUGCGAGCCUGUGAUUACUCCAGGUUCAUGUUGCCCGACCUACAUGUGUGAUCAGAAGCCAUCAGAUGCUCCAGAAGCCCACAGUCAAUUAUCGGACCAUACAGGUGAUUCUCCUCACAGUGAUGCUUCAGAUGAAACAAUUAAUGAUAGCGUUGGAACAACACAGGCAUCAGUUGAAAGUGAAAAUAAGGAUAAUUCAAUUGCGCCAGUUGUAGAAGGAAUCCCAUCAGAAACUUUACACCCAGGAUCAGAUGAGAAUGCAGUACCAGCUGGACAACCUGAGGAAACCCACCACGAACCUGACAUCCAAACUACAGAACAAACAAGUACAUCAGCUGAUGCUUCCUCUUCAAAUAUUUAUGAAGAUGAAAAUGUCAAUUCCCAUGUUGUCCAUGGGGAAGAUGCAGCAAUACAUGAAGGACAACCAGAAACGAUGGAUAAUAAACUUGAAAGUGGAAGUAGGCCCCACCCAUCAGAAGAUGCAACGGCCAUUCCAAUCAUUCCAGAAAAACCUGUUGAAGAAACCCAAGAAACUGGAACUACACAAGAACCUGAAACACCAAGUGCUGAUCAUACCGAAGAAGAACCAGUGAAACAUGAAGAUGAACCUGUGCCUACAUCAGAUGAUGAUUCUUCACAAGCCACACUUGAUGUUACCUCUAGCCCAAAACCUAAUGAGGAGGAAUCAGCUCCAACUCAAGAAACAACUGUGGUCGGAUCUGAAGAAUCUGAAAAAAAUCACCCAGAAAUUCCAGAAACAACUGUAAAUUAUGCAGCAGAAGUGACAACUGCCCAUCAAGACUUACAAGAAACCCAUGAUUCCACUGUCACAUCAGCUAAUAAUGCAGAAGCCGAAGAAAAUAAUAAUGAUGUUACUUCUAGUGAUUCCUCAAUAGAUGAAAGUAAGCAUGAAGAAAGCAUAGUGACAAUAAAACCAACAGAAAUUAAUUUGUCUCAAGAGUCCGAUCAGGGAAAUACAGAACAGGAUUACAUUCCUACAGAGGGUCCAAUUGGUAUUCCAGACCAAUCUCACUCUCAAUACGAUGACGAUCCAGAACAAGUACACCAUGCCAUUUUAUUUCAGCAAACUACUGAAUCAGAAAGUUUACCCGAGGCGUCAACUGAAAACAUUGCUGUGAGUGGAGAUCCAUCUGUACCAUCAGUGUCUAAUGAAGUUCCUGAUGAAAAUCAAAACGUAGUCACAGAAGAAAAUAUACCAUCAGAAACAGAGAGUCCACAGAAACAUGAUUCUGAUGCUGAAGCUAAUCAGGUUACAUCAGUCAGUGUUGAAAGUGAUGAAAUAGUAACAAGCUUACCUGAUGUCACAGAAAAAGUUUCAUAUGAAACUACUUCUAAACCACUUUCUGAAGAAGCAUCUAGCAGUAGCUCUCCAGAUGAAAAAGCAACAGAGCCAUCAGUAAAUCAAGUUUCUGGUGAAGCAAAUGAUGAAACAAGUCAUGGCUAUGACGAAACAACCGAUUCAGUGAUGCAAACAACGAUUAGGCAAGAAAUUUUACCUGAUACUGAAAAAUCUCAAGAUGAAAGCAACACACAAGAUAUCGAUAAUAAAAUAAGUUCUAGCACAGAACAUGAUAAACCUGAUGAAAUAACAACCCAUCCACCAAUUGUAAAUCAAGAUGAAAAUGAAAAUACUGAUGAAAAAAUAGAAAAUGUAACACCUCAAGAAACAUCAGAACAAACUUCAGAAGAAAAUAUUCAUAACGAUGAAGUAAUAACUCAUUCAGAUCCUGUUCUUACCGAGGAGGCACAUUCUGAAGAGAAACCUAUAGAAGAAACCCAUGAACAAGAUCCAGUAGAGCACGUGACGCAUGAAACUGCUUCAGAAACAUCCACUGAAGAAGUAAAGGCUGAAGGAUCCGAUUCACAUAAACCAUCUGAAGAAACAGAUAUUCCAGUCCACCAUGCUGAAAAUGACAUCCACUCAGAUUCCACCCCUGAGGUCAUUUUUGAAGCAGUAACAGUUACUGGAAUGCCUUCAAUAGAAUCACAUGUUACAGAAGGAACAGUCGACCAUUCAGUACACUUAACAGACAAUUUACUUGACGAUGAUGUUGUACCUACAACUGAACACACUGAACCAGAAAAAGAUUCUUCUCUUUCUAAUGAAGUACCAACUUCUAAUGAGCCAGUUAAUACUGAAACCCCAUCUGAGCCUAUUGUAGAAACAGAAAAAACGAUUGUCGAACAACCAGCUGAAGACAACACAGCAUCUCCUAAUCCAGAUCAACAAAAUGUAGAAGAUCCACACCAUGACACAACUUCCAGUCAACAAGAAAUAACUUCAAGCGAAUCAUCAAAUGAAGUAGUAGCCACAACUCAGAAAUCUAGUGUAGAAGAAACAUCACAUCAAGAAAUUGUAAGUGAUGAUGAAAAUUCUUCAGGUUCAAAUGAGGCCAUUCCAACAGAAUCCAUUCCAUCAGAACAAACUGCAACACCCAUUACACAUGAUGAUCAUGAAAAUACAAACCAAGUUAUUUCAGAAGAAAGUACCUCAGCACCAAAUGAUGUAGCUGAUACUGUUCCACAAGAACUACCAACUCCUGCUUCAGAUGAUCAAAAGAAUGAAGAGACUCCUUUAUUGGAAGUGUCUCCUGAUAAGUCUGAUGAGCCUUCCCAGCCACCUAAUGAAAUAAAUACAGAACCAGCUAAUGUAGUAUCAGAGCAAGAAACUACAGCUAUUCCUCAAGAAGAAACUACCCACCCUGUAAUCAAACAAGAAACAAAUCUUGAUGAUAAUGUUGAAGCUGAUAUUGUAAAUCAACCCCAAACAGAUGCUCCACUAGAGGAUGAAAUUGUAAAUGUUGGUAGUACAGAGCAAAAUCCUACUGAGGUUCAAACUGAUCAGGGACAAGUCCCUCAUGUGGCUGAUGAAGACCAGUCUGUUGUAAGUCAUGAACCCACAGAAAUUUUUCCCACAACUGAAGAAAGUUUUGUAACAAAUCCUCCUAUUCAAACAGUACAUGAAACCUCACAAGAUGUAAUCCAAACAGAGUCUUCACCAGAACCAAAUCAAAAUGAAGUACUGCAACAGGAAACAACUACAGCACCUGUGCAAAAUCAGCCAGAAAAUACAUCUGAGGAUAGUAGUCGUCCUGAUGAGAACGUAGAUACAGUUAAAGAAACAGAAACUGAAACAGUACAAGUUCAAACAGAGAUACCUUCAGAAAGCACUGAAGUACCUUCAUCUGAUAACAAGGAACAAUCUCAUGAAGUUUCUACAGAGCACUUAAUUGAACCAGAACCUGAACAAACUGCAACUCCAUCCUCUCCUAGCGUAGAUCUUGAGAGUUCGACUACUCAUGAAACAGUAGUAUCACAAACAGAAAAUAUUUUAUCUUCUAGCACAGGUGGUUCUGAUGAAAUAUCACAGCCAUCACAGAGUACAGGCAAUGAAGAUUCAACUACACAAACUCCACAAGUCACUCAUUUAGAACAUGCAGCUCCACCAGCACCUGACUCAGACAGUCAUGUCUUAGAAACUAAUGAGGGUGAAGGAGAAUCUGUAACCCCAGCAGCAGAACACACAACAAUCAGUGACAACAAUCAACAACAUAUUGAAGAAGUUCACCUUGACGAUGAUGCUCCACAAAACCCAGCAGAAGCUGAACAACCAAUUGUCAAUGAACCAGUUCCAGAAGAUCCUAUAGUUCCAACAACUCACAUCCCAGAGUUAGCUGAAACAUCACCUGGCUUCGUAAACCAUGAAUCAAGCACUGUCCUCCCUGAGACUCAUCCCCAUGUCUCAUCUUCUGAAGCUACAAAUGAAGACAUCCCAUCAAGUACAGAACACGCCAUUAUUGAAGAGGUCCAAACUACUCCAAAGGAAGCGGUUCAAGAAACUCAAAAAAUAGAAACUGAAAAGCCUGCAGAUCGGUUACAGGUUACUGAAAGCACUGCAAGUGUCCCACCAGUUCCUGACAAAUCAGAAGAGCAUGAAAGUUCAGAGCAGCUAGAUGAUCAUAGUUCAAAAGUUCCGAUUACUCCAUCAACUGAAGCAGCACCUUUAAAUGAAAUCCCUAGUUCAACGUAUAAACCAUCUAUUGUUCACCAUGAUGAAAGCCCUUCAUUCCCAACGUGGUCACAAAAACCAUUUGAACAUCACACGACACCAGAGCCACACCCACCAGAAGAAAAUCAUUACCCAUCAGGUUUCGAUCCUGAGUACGAAGACGAAGAAGGAGUCAGUUAUGGUCCAGGCACUUGCCGCUACGGUGGUAAAGUUUACCUUUCGGCUCAACAAAUCCCAAGAGAUGAUCCUUGUGACUUCUGCUUCUGCUUCCGCAGCGACAUAAUCUGCCUUCAACAGAGUUGUCCACCUCCAAUCAGAGGCUGCUAUCAAGAAACAAUCAAAGGUUUCUGCUGUCCGAGAUACGAAUGUCACGUCUCCAUGGCUACAAUGCUGAACAUGACUACAACUACAACAACUACAACCACUACAUUACCUCCUCACUUCUUAGCUCAUGCAUAUAACGGUGCAGCAACGAAAGCUGGCUGUCAAGUGAAAGACGUAGCAUACAGUGUGGGAGAAAGGAUACCUUCCACGUCUGGUCCUUGUUUAGAAUGCAGGUGUGGAGCGAACGGACAAAUGAAAUGUGAUCCUACCGUUUGUGGACCACAGGAAGCGUUACUAAGGCAAGUGAUGGAUGCUGCAGUUAGCAGAAGAAGGUAAAAUGAACAGCCCAAAUCAUAGGUGCCAUUCUUAGCUCAAGUAUUCACGACUGAACACACCUUGGUGAUAGGGCUGUCACCUGCGGACUGAUUUUUUAUUGAUAUUUAAAUAAACCGGUUUAAACUGGUCUCGGCACACCGAUGAGCCACCAAAGGACUUUGGGCUUUGCCGCCUGCAGUGGUGUGUUUCAAAAUAACUUCAAUACAAUUAAAGGACUGGUUCCAAUGUUGUUAAAAGUAUAUAUAGGAACCGUAAUUAUAUUCCAACAGCCUACAUUGUUUGAUUGGUAGAAGUUUUGCCAUUUUUUUUUAUUAUUAAAAUUAUUUGGACUAUUUAAUUAUUAGGCAAGUGAGUUAUUUCUACCUCCUGAACAUUAGGCUGCCACUGUAAAUGAUAAUUUUACUAUUAUUAGUUUGAAUGUAGAAUAAGUUAUUUAUGUAUACCUAUUUAAGAAAGUGAAAAGAAAAUGGAAAGUUUAAAUUAAAUUAAUGUGAUUUAGAAAGUGUGAUGUAAAGACAAUAGUAAUUCACAGUCUCAACUAGUAUCCUAAAAUAUUUUCCACUUUUUUAUAUCCUUGGUAUUAUAGAUAAUCUAUAUAUACCAAUUUGUAACAAUGUGAAAUAAACAUGUUCUUGUAAGUA